CUUUAAUCUCUCUCUCAAGAGCCUCGUCCCCUGUGUUAGUAUAUCAGAUGCUGUCAAGGUUUCACUGUGGAACGUAUAUUUGGUUGGGUUGGCUGAGAAGUUGGAUUCGUUACCCGAACCAAUGCUGCUUCUACUUCUUUGGAAAAGUUAUCGCAGUAACACAUGGCAAGGGCAUUAUCAAAUGUAUUGUUGAAGGGCAUUGCAGGUUUGCCAGCAGCUCGUUCUACGUCUGUACAUGCAUCGCUUAGUCACAAUGGUUUGAGAUGCGCAACUACUGUGGCCAAUGAUUCUGACACUCAUGAUGAUUUUAAGCCGACUACUAAAAUUGAGAAUUCUGAAUUUUCUUUGAAUGAUGUUGUUGAGCAGGAUGUCGAAGACAACCCUGUAAUGAUUUACAUGAAAGGGGUUCCUGAUUUUCCUCAGUGUGGAUUCAGUUCACUGGCCGUAAAAGUGUUGAAGCAUUACAAUGUUCCCUUAAGUGCUAGAAAUAUUCUGGAGAAUCUUGAACUGAAUACUGCAGUGAAAAUGUUCAGUCACUGGCCCACGUUUCCUCAGAUUUUUAUCAAGGGGGGAGUUCAUUGGAGGUUCACAUAUAAUUCUCAAUAUGCAUCAGGGUUAUGGUCGAUCAAGCGGGAGCGAUCAUAUCUAGACAAAAUACAGUCCAACAGGGGUAUGGAGAUACAAUGUCAUUCACACAAUGAAUAGCAGCAGUUCGUAUUGAAUUUUCCAGGCAUUCAACCAAUCACCAUACAUGAGUUCGUAUUGAAUUUUCCAGGCAUUCAACCGAUCACCAUACACGAGUUGUUUUCCCGGGGGGAUUGCAGUACGGAUUCAACUUCACAUGUUGAUCAUUGCCAAAGAAGUGUACCUGCACUCCAUGUGGCAUCGGAAAACUUGAAUAUGAAGCACAUAAAUACUAAGCCGUGGAUGAGCAAUCAUUUCAUGUGUUCAUACUGAGCAUAAAUAUCUAAGCAUGUAUUCAUUGGCAGAACAUGUAUCCGCCAAAUCCUGAUGUGCUCUAGUAGUUGGCUAGUUGCCUUUUACAAGGAUUUUAAAGCAGGAAGCAGAUUUCUGGAAUUCUGCUAGAAUUAUCAUGAGCUUUGCAUAGCUCCUGCCACAAAAGAAAGAAAAUUAACUUAUAGAAGAAGGAAAUUAUUAAGCAAUUUUCAGUUUCAACUGAAAACAACGAUUACCCCUUCGAGCACCUCAUAACUGUGGCUAUCUACUUUUCUAUCUCCGACUUAGCCCAACACUGACAUAAAGGUUCUCCUAGUUUACUGAAUUGUUGUUCUAACACAGGAACGAUACUAUGCCAUUGUCUAUUAAACCUGUCCCCGCACUAAUCUCCAGCUUGAAAAUCUAUCCCUAAGCCUCCAAUUGAAAUUAUUAAUUACGUAUUCUCUUAAACCACAAUAGUCUCUAGAAAUAGAAAGGUGUUUAUCAAUAGCACAACUCAGAAUGAAAAUAUUGCCAAGACUCAAAUAAUAUCAAAGUUUAGUAUCAAUUGUGUUUCAAGGUGCUUGAAACAGCAAAACUAAUCAAAGAAUAAAGAAAAUUGAAGCAAUUU